AUGUCUCUAAAUGGGAGGGUGGCUCUGGUGACCGGGGGAGCUCAAGGCAUCGGAAGAGCUGUAGUCCAGUCUCUCCUACAGAGCUCAACUAAGGUCACUUUUGUGUUCUUUAAGGUGGCUGUAGUUGACCUGAACAAGAUAUGCGGUGAAGAGUGUAAAAAGCAGCUGGAUACUGAAUUUGGAGAGGACAGCAACAUCUUUAUUCAGUGUGAUGUGUCCAACGGAGUCUCACUGAGAGAUGCCUUCCAGAGCACAGUCGACAAAUUCGGUCGACUAGACAUUGUUAUCAACAAUGCUGGAAUUAACAAUGAAAAGAACUGGGAGAAGACCAUACAAGUGAACCUGACUUCCGUAAUAAAUGGGACCUACUUGGCUCUUGAACAUAUGAGUAAGGAGCAUGGGAAGGAAGGAGGCACAAUAAUCAAUGUGUCUUCUAUGGCAGCCUUUCUGCACUCUCCUCACCAACCUGUUUACACUGCCACAAAACAUGGAGUCAUUGGUUUCACAAGGGUUAUGGCUGAUGCAUCUUCUCAGAGUGACUACGGUGUCCGGCUCAAUGUGUUGUGUCCUGCCUUUGUUGACACCCCUCUGCUUCACUCAGUGGACCAGGAGGAAUACAUGGGGAAGUUUGUCAAAUUUAAGGAUGAUUUCAAGCGCAGCAUGAAGAAGUUUGGCGUUUUACAGCCAUCCUUGAUAGCCGAAGGCAUGAUGAGGUUAAUUAAUGACACCAGCCUAAAUGGCGCCGUGAUGAAGAUUACGUGCUCCAAAGGAAUCCACUUCCACACUUACGAACCUGCGUCUGCAUGA